AUGGGGCCGAAAAAAGGACAGAAGAGGACGGAGGAGACGAACCUCGCCGCGGAGGGCCCUUUCGCCCUUGAGAGCGCCAAGGCCUUGGCGAAGUGGACGGAACGGGUGUCUGUGGUCAGCAGGAAGAUCCAGCAGGUGCAGCACGUCCUCUCGCUGCUCUCGUCGCAGAUGGAGGGGUGCAACAAGGAGCUCGCGGACGUCUACGAGAGUGCGAGUCUCCUCACAGCACUUCGCAUUGUGGAGUAUCGACAGAAGUUGAACCCCCACCCGCCGGGCUCGCCAGCGAAGAAGCAGCGCCUGAAGCGCGAGAGCUCGGUGAAGUCGCUCUCGCAGCCGUUGCUGGCCGAGAACAGCACCGAGGCUCUGCUGGCAGCCAUGGACGAGAGGAGGCGCCUCCGGGUCAGCGGCGCUCUUGUGAGCCUCUUCAAACGCAACAACACGGAGAGCCCUGUGCUGAGUUCUCCAACAUACGCCGCGGCGGUACCGGGAGGCGGUGGCACCGCGAACUUUGCGGAGGCAGUUGGGCGCCAACAGGUAACCGCGCCAAGUUCUCUUCCAACCGACAUAGGUAGUGCUUCAACGAACGUAGAUCAGCGACGGCCGAAAGACGUGCCGCCUGAGCUCUGGGAGGAGGUCUCUAAGCUCCGGCUUAAACGGCUGACCUUGGAAGGGCGGGGGAAAACGUUAAUGAGCAACAUAGACGCACAACUUGCGAGAUUUGACUUACUCAUGCAGAACCACGGCAUUGCCACGUAUGCAACGGAUGAAUUGGAGCAGACGCUUCAGAAAUUACGGCUGGGAAAAAGUACUCCUGAGCACCGUGAUGCAAAGUAA